AUGCACAGCGGGAUGGCCCGAGCGGAGCUGCCCUCGUGCACGUUGCUGGGUCGACCACCACAAAGCCGGGUGACUACAGGUGAGCUGCAAAUGUGUCAGAAGGUGUUCCAGUACCAGAGGAUGCUGAACCGGCACCUGAAGUGUCACAGUGAUACUAAGAGACACCUGUGUAACCACUGUGGUAAAGGAUUCAACGACACCUUUGACCUGAAGAGACACGUCAGAACACACACAGGGGAGUGCCCCUACAAGUGUUCUCUGUGUGACAAGGCCUUCACCCAGCGCUGCUCUCUGGAGUCUCACAUGAAGAAGAUCCACGGUGUGUCCCUGCAGUACGCCUAUAAAGAGAGACGCAACAAACUCUACGUCUGUGAGGAGUGGCACACCGCCCCUUCCCAGGAUACACUGCUCAAACACUACCACGCCCUCCACCCCAACUCCGCCUUCCUGAGGGCCAAGGGUGGGAGAAGGGAGGGGGUGAGGAGUCGAUGCCUGGGUCGCUGA